UGCGGAUGGCAGUGGGGUCUGAGUACCAGAAGAACUUUGUCAUGCCUCCACGUGCUGUGGGUGGGACGCUGCCCCCAGAGCUGCUGGAGGACUAUGAAGCACAGAAGAGGCCGAAGGCUCAACGGGCAGAGCUCAAGGCCAUGGCAGAGGCUGAGGCCACAGCUGAGGCUGAGGCUGAGGCCGAGGCUAUGGGCAAGGCAGCACCAGCACAUCACAGGGCUGUCCCAUUGUACCCUGAGCCCAUGGUGAAAGCGACUGGGAAUCCUAUCUCUCGAGCUGUCAUGCGUCACCUGGGCAUUGACCCGUCUUCCGAGAGGCGUGAGGCACGGCAGCAGAAAGGGAUUGUUGUCGUCGUCCAUGGGCCACCCCGGGCAGGUAUGUGAGCUGCAGCCCUGGGCUGCAGGGAGAGGGUCAAACAGGAGAAACACAUCCUGGUGGACCGUGGUGCUUAAGGCAAAGUCCUUGGCUGAAGAGGAGGUGCAGAUGAUCCUCUUGGCUCUAGAAUUCAGAGCUUGUAGCCACGCUCCAGUCGCCUCCCUCCUGGCACCCCCUGGAGGGACACUUGCAUUCCCACUGUCCUUUAAACUUUGAAAUCUUGUUUGAGAUUUUUCCAGGGCCUGUCCCUGUAAUGCCUCACGUGCAAGU